UCAAAAUAUCACGUACACAAAACUGUUCCGCAAUCAAAAUUAAAAUAUAGUGAUUUAUCGCGUAAAUUAGUGGUUUAUUGUGGUGCAAAAUAGAAGCUUGAAACUACUCCAACUCUAUUGUGGUUAAAACAAAAGAAUAAACACUGCGACCAAGCAAAAAACUUCAAAAUCAAGUAAGACGACUAAAUAUAUAUAUAACAACACAUAUACGAAAACAAAAUAUUUAACGACCAAAAUUCAUAAAUUGACAACUAUCACAAGGAAACGAUCACUGACCAGUCUGACAACUGACAUUGAAAGAGACAUUAAACGUCAAACUAUUAGUCCGAAAUACGUCAUAGUGUUUCCAACAUAAAAGCUAAACUACCAAAUAGUAGAAAUCCAUAAUGGCCAGCCAAAAUACCGCGGUGAUCACAUUAGACCAACUGAGAGAAGAACUACAUAAACAGACCACUGAAAUAUCAAAAACAAUUGAUGAAAAAAUACAACCAUUGAUAAUAGAAAAUAAAGAAUUGAAGCAGGAGGUACAAUCAUUGAAGGUGAAGAUUCUUGAAAUGGAAAAACAAACUAGAAAAAACAAUAUAAUACUGCAUGGCGUUACUGAAAAGGAAGAGAACUAUACAGAGCUUCAAGAAUUAGUUGUGGAAACUCUUAACAAGCUGAGCGUAGAAACGGCCCUACAGGAAUGGGACAAGUGGGAGCUAAGCAGAGUACAGAGGCUGGGUAAAAAGAAGGAGUCAAAAAUUAGACCUAUCUUGAUAACCUUAACCCUCACAUGGAGAAGAACUGAAAUUCUUAAAAAUAAAAGUAAGUUCCCGAAAAACAUAUAUGUAACAGAAGACUUCCCAAAGGAUAUCUUGUUAAAACGUAAAGAGUUAAAAAUCAAAAUGAAAGAAGAAAUUGCCAAAGGAAAGAAAGCAUAUAUAUCUUACGAUAAACUUGUCGUACACGAGACACAGAAAGACAAGCGGAAACGUUCAGAAUCAUGCUCACCAAAUGCUCCAUCUACCAGUAUUUCCCAUAAUCCUCAAAAAAUAAAUAAAGUCAUGGAUUAUUUUAACAAGAAACCAAAAUCAAUAUCAGAAAACAAGCAAUAGCAAUUAGUAAAAGAUCCCUACCAAAGUGCAAGAUUUCAAAAUAAAACAAACAUAAAAAUAAAUAAAAAAUACAAAAACCCCACUCCGGCUGGUCACCGUGGGGUGUGCGACCAACACCCUCUAAUUCUUCAACAAAGUAGCUUAAAGUUCAACAUAUGUACUCUAAACACUAGAACUUUGAGGACAAUAGAAAGCUUACAAGAAUUGGAACUAGCAUUAGAAGAUCUCAACUGGGAUGUAUUGGGUAUCAGUGAAAUGCGACGCGUGGGGGAAGGAAUAGUAGAAAAUUCAGAUUAUGUCAUGUACUACAAAGGCGAAGUCAGUGGCCAUAGGGGAGUAGGAUUUCUCAUUAAAAAUAAUUAUAAGAGAGACAUAAUCGAAUUUAUUGGUGUCACAGAUAGAAUAGCUGUCGUUCGCCUCAAAAUUCCUACAUAUUUGAAAGAAUGGGUAAUAAUACAAGUAUAUGCACCUACCGAACAGGCCGAACAGUUAGUAGUAGACUCCUUUUAUAAUGACCUCUCAGAAACAAUUGGAAUGUACUCUAACAAUCAUAUUGUAGUAAUGGGAGAUUUUAAUGCUCAAGUAGGAGAAAAACAAACAGAGGAAGAAUUUACAAUUGGAAAAUAUGGCUACGGAAAAAGGAGCUGCAAUGGGCAAAAACUAA